UCUACCAAGGGAAACUUGUGGCUCUUGAAACCUGAAAUUGUAUUGUUUCCCUCUGGUAAUCAAGUGCAGCUAGUGACUGUAUUUUACACCUCGAUCAUCAUAAUUAUGAAAGCUAAUAACAGAGCUGAAAAAAUGCUAACUUUCAUAAUGGAUUACACUGUUACCAAUCACAACCCACUGACCUUUUAACAGCAUUGAAUUUAAAUUCUUGUUUUCUGAGACAUUUGUGUAGUAAAUACAAGAAGUGGAUGGUAGCAUAAGAUGCAACUGUUACAAAUAGGUAAUUAGCUGAGUUAGCAAAUAUGCAAUAAAUAUUGUAUCACACGUCACUUGAAAUGCAUGAUGUUAUAUUUCCAAGUUUCUGUCAGUGUUAGCCCUGUUAGAUAUCACUGUAUGAAAGGUUUGGUAAUGGUUGAAGUUCUUUAACUUUGUUUCUUCAUCAAAUUCCUUACUAACACAGUGAUAGCUCAACAUCAUUGCAAAGUACUUGUAGCAUUAAUACAACAUUUAUGUGCUCAAAUUUGUUCAUCAAAGCUGCUUUACAAAUGGCUGCCAGCUGCGUGGAGAACAAUGGCAUCACUGAGCAAGUGUUGUUUGGUUUUUGUUGUGCAGGAACUUUGUCUUCAUACAAAACUCCUGGCAUCACCUAACACCUCAAUAGCUGAUUUCCUGUCAAAAGCUGCAGAACCACCACCUUUUCUGGUGCUUCGCAAUGCUGUUGCCUUACUGAAGACAAUAGAUGCUUUAGAUCAAUGGGAGGAUCUGACUGAUCUUGGUCGUCAUCUUGCAGACCUUCCACUAAGUCCACAACUGGGGAAGAUGAUUUUGUAUUCAGUUGUUCUCAAAUGUGUGGAUCCUGUGGUAACCAUAGCUUGUGCUCUGGCGUACAGAGAUCCUUUCAUGCUACCCAUGUACCCAUCAGAGAAGCGUGCUGCAGCUGCAGCCAGGAAAAGAUUUACUUUAGAUCCAUUCAGUGAUCACUUGAUAUUUGUUCAAGUGUUUAGGGGCUGGCAACGAGCAAGAUCUGAAGGUUCUGACAAAAACUUCUGCCGCAGGAAUUAUUUGUCUCAAGCCACUUUAGAAAUGAUGGCAGGAAUGAGGUAAAAAGCUAUAUAGAUAUAAUUUUCAGUAAGCAGAUCUUGACAGGGCUUUCUAUAUGUUUGUGGUCAUCUGGUUACAUCAAUCUGGAAAUUCUUGUAAGUUGUAACAUUUAUUCAGUCCUGAAUUCCAGCCAUUUUGUGUGCGCUGCUGUAGGGUUUUAAAACAGCAGGUUUUCAGCUAACGUUUAACAUCAACUUUAACAUUUAGAAUAAUUAUGUUGUUUCGUUGGAGUUUCACAAAGGAACUGAAUAUUUGGGAAGCAAAAAGAACAACAACAACACAAAAAUAGGAGCCAUACACGUGUAGGUGAUUGUGUCCAGAACGGGACAGAAAAUUCCUUGGGUAUUUAUAUAACCUGUCAGGCAAACCUCUGCCAUUCUGGGGCUCUGUCUUGGUCUUAGAAAGAGGAAUUCAUAAUAAACCAGCACCUCUUCUCCUGACUGUGACUCCAUAAA